CCACCGCGAAUUCGCAAAGCGCGAGAGGAACUUGGCUCGCCGGCACACGCGAUCGGCCACGGUGGCGGCGCGGCCGAACAAUUGGUUCUUCCGUUCUUGACGCCCGCGCCAAGGUCUGGUUCAGCGCGCGCGGCGAAUCGCCAUGGUGACGAUGGAGCCCUUGGGUGGUUACAAGAAGGCAACGGCGGCGCUCGACGAGGCGGCGAGGGCUCGGCUACGGGGCCCGUUCACCAGCGACAGCGCGCCCUCGCCGGCGCCGUCCCGGCGCGCGGAUGCCGACGACGGUCUCAUGGAUCUGGUGGACGAGUUCUACAACGGAUACGGCGAGCACCGCGCGGGCGUCGCCGCCGCCGCCGCCGCCAAGGACGCCGCUGCGGCGCGGGCACCGGAGUGGAAGGAAACGCUGCGCCUCACGCUGGCGGACGCGGCGGCCGACGCGGCGGUCGCGCGAAUCCGCGCCGAGGCGGAGCGCAUUGUCCGAGACGCCGGGCCAGCCGUCGUCGUUGCCGGCGGCGGGGUGAGGAAGCACCUCGCGGAGCGGCUCCGGGCGAGGGGUUUCAACGCCGGUCUCUGCAGGUCGUCGUGGGAGAGAACCAGCAGUGUCCCGGCGCCGGGCUCACACGAGUACGUGGACGUCGCCAUGGCGCCGGCGGGCUCCUCGCCGCCGGCGUCGUCUCGCUACAUCGUGGAGGUCAACGUCGCAGCCGAGUUCGAGAUCGCGAGGCCGAGCGCCGAGUACCAGGACCUCCUCUCGUCCCUGCCGCCGGUGCUCGUGGCGAGGCCGGAGGCUCUGAAGGAGCUCGCCGCGGCAAUGUGCGGCGCGGCGGCGAAGUCCAUCCGCCGCGCGGGCAUGCACGUGCCGCCGUGGAGGCGCGCGGUGUACGUGCAGGCCAAGUGGUCCGGCCAGUUCACGAGGGUGGAGGCCGCAGCGGGGCCCCGGCCGGAAGCAGGAGCCGGGGCGGCGGCGGCGCGCGCCCGGCGGCCCGGCGGGCGGAAGAACUGCGGGAUGGAGAUGGGGCGCCGGGAGGUGGCCGUGGGUAGGGAGGCGUUGGUGAGCGUGAGGCCCUUGUUCAGAGGAUUGUGACAUGGGUUGGGCGCGGGAGGGAGGAUUCUUCAGAGGCCUCUUUGCUUCCCGUAGCAGUAUUCUUUUGGGCCAUGGAUUCUGCACCAUUUGCAUGACUCAUGUGGCCGGAGGACAAGUCACAAAAAAACAUGUUAAAUUUACUGUACAUUUUGGAAUUUGUACAUUUUAGAAUUUGGGUUCCUUUGAAUGAAAUUGAACUGAUACAAAGAUUACCGAGCUUCGCA